UCCCAUUUAUCUAAAAAUAGAACGACGGUUGCAACAUCACGAAGACGCUUUCGUUCUCUGGUAAAUUCCAUUUUACAAUGAAUUUUAGACACUGGUGGUAAUUUUGGUCAUCUGGCCUUGUUGUGAAGAAGAACUCAACCGCUCAGAGCAGUUACUUGAUGUCGUAAUAGAGACGGGAAAGGAGUGUUUUUAGUCGAGAACAAGCCGGAAACAAAUUUUUGGCAGCAAACGAACGUAACGUCGUACUAUAGGCCUAUGCGUACGCACUAAACCGCAUGCUUUAUGUAAGCAGGCCUAGCGUGAGGCAGGUUAGGUCUAGCCUGGAUAUUCAGAUAUUCGCGUUAUCCGUAACUCACUAACUGAUCGGAAGAGAAAUAGCCAGAACAGAACAGCACUACUGAAGCUUCUUGGGCAGCUGUAUUACAGUCCACAGACACUUUUCAAGGCUAUCGGGAGUCUCUCGUUACUGUCAGCAAUGUCGGACGAGGAGCGGUCCGACUCCUUGCAGUCCGUGGAGAUUCCUAACGACAUGUACCAGCAGGCCUACCUCUCCACAAAUGGGACGGGGCCGCAGAUGGUGGGGGGCCUGCCCAGCGAUCUGCAUCAGCUGGAGGUCAUGACCGGCAUGAGCCACCAGACACUCAACGAUCUCUCAGCGCCACACCUUCGAAUCCUUGAGCAGCCUAAGCAGCGGGGAUUUCGAUUCCGGUACGAUUGCGAAGGGCCGUCCCACGGAGGCUUGCCAGGACAGAACAACCAAAAAGGAAAACGAACGUACCCGUCAGUGGAGAUUGUCAACCACGUUGGAGUGGCCAGGAUUGUUGUCUCCUUGGUGACCAACGAGGAAGUACCCAGACCCCACGCGCACAGCCUGGUGGGUAAGCACUGUAACGAUGGUCAGUGCAUGGUCCAAGUGGGACCCGCGGAUAUGACUGCAAGUUUCCCAAAUUUGGGUAUCCUCCAUGUCACCCGCAAGAACGUUGAGAAAGUCCUGAAGGAUCGCUUGCGGCAGCAGCAGAAGCUGUACUGCUCGGUACUCGGCGAUAAGGGUUACCAGUCCAGCACCACCCACGGGAUACUGGACAGCGAAGAGGACCUGACAAAGAAGGCCAAGGAGAUGUCCAAGGAGAUGGACCUGUCGGUUGUCCGGCUGUGCUUUCAGGCCUAUCUACCCGAUGCCACGGGUCACUUCAACCAACCACUUCAGCCGGUCGUGUCGGUGCCCAUCUACGACAGCAAGGCGCCCGGGGCCACCACCCUCAAAAUCUGCCGCAUGGACAAGAGCUCAGGCUGCGUGACGGGCAACGAGGAGGUGUACCUCUUGUGUGACAAGGUGCAGAAAGAGGACGUGGCAGUGAGGUUCUUUGAGAUAAACAGCAGUGGAGAGGUCGUUUGGGAGGCCCAUGGAGAGUUUGGUCCCACUGACGUCCACAGACAGUUUGCCAUCGUCUUCAAGACGCCCCGUUACAAAGACUGCUACAUUCAGAAGCCAGUCUAUGUUCAGGUUCAGCUCCAGCGGCGCUCAGACCGGGAAGUGAGCGACCCCAAGCCGUUCACCUAUCACCCCCAGCUGACAGAUAAAGAGAGCAUCCUUAGAAAGAGGAAGAAACAACUGCCGUCGUUCCAGGACCAUUGCUACCCUGGGGGCGGGGGCAAAGGCGGAUACGGCGGCACAAGGGGAGGGGGAGCGCCCAACGCGCCCCUCAACAUGAACUUUGGCGGCGGGGGCGGGGGACCGGCCAAUGCCUUCCAGGCGCCCACCACCAGCCAAGGUGGGAACGUGCAGAGAGACCAGCAACACCUGAGCAUCAUGAGCCAAUUUCGCCAGCAGCAACAACUGCAGCUGCAACAGCGACAGCAGCAACAGCAGGGCCAGCAGGGGCUGGUGAUGCAGAGUCACGGGGUGGGCAAAGACAGCAAGCGGGUGGUGGUGCUACCCACGGCGGGCCACUCCACCGAAGCCGUGCAGGACAGUCAGCCGGCCACCGUCCCGAUGGUGGAUGCUGCCGCCUUGAAUGACGAGGAGGUGGAUAGUGACUUGGAGGUGGACUCCGCCCCUGUCGAGGAACCAGAAGUGAUUUCUCGAACCAAGAUGUUAGAUGUCACUGACCUCAUUGUGGAAAGAGCCAAGAGUCAAACAGACCACGGAGUCCAGACAGAUGAUCUUCCCUUCGACUACGACUCGCUGGCAUGGCGUCUGGCGGAGAGGACGUCCCGAGCACUGCACGAUUUUGCCAAAACGGCAGACAUUAAGAUGGUCCUGGCCGUUCAGAGACACUUGACGGCUGUAGAGGACGAGAACGGUGACACUCCUCUCCAUCUUGCCAUCAUUCACAAGAAGCAGGAUGUCAUUCUGGGCCUUCUCAACGUCAUCGUCAGCAUCCCCAACCAGAAAAUCGUCAACCACGUCAACAAACUGCGCCAGACUCCUUUGCACGUCGCGGUGGCCACUCAGCAGAGGGAUGUGGUCGAAGUCCUCUUGCGCUGCGGCGCCGACCCGAACAUUUUGGACCACAACGGCAACAUGCCCUUGCACCUUGCCGCAGAGCAUGGCCUGAAAGACAUCACCCUCCUCCUGAUUCAAGGACCGCCCCCUCCCCCGGGCCAAAAUCGUUCAACCAUCGAGCCCAUCAAGGCGGACCUCAAUGCCAAGAAUCUGGAUGGCAUGACAGCUGCUCACAUUUCAGUGAGCUCUGGCCACCUCAUGAACUUGAAGGUGUUGGUGAAGAACGGAGCAGACGUCAACAUUCCGGACGGCAAGAGCGGUCGCACGCCACUCCACUACGCCGUGGAGCAGGAGAACUUCUCCUUCCUGAGUUUCCUCAUCGGCGACGCCGAUGCUGACAUCCACGCCCGCACCUACGCCGGGGACACGCCCCUCCACCUAGCCUGCAGCCUGGACUUUGUUGCCGUGGCUGCCGUGCUGGUCAGUGCCGGCGCCGACCCCAGCGUGGAGAACUACGACACCUCGGACGAGUACAUGGGGGAGGUGGGCGUGGCCUCAGGAGACGGCCACUUGGAAGAGUUUGAGGAGGAGUACGGGGUGGGGAGAUUCGAGGGUCAUGGCCAGGGGAGAGAACUGAAGGGGAAGACACCCGUGGACAUGGCACAGUCCCCAAGGAUGGCUAGUAUCCUGAAAGGAGAGUCCUACAUCCCUAGUUUAUCACAGUCCGUCACCUCCAGCUACACCUGGGGCUUGCCUCAGAAGGGCCCGACCGACUCGGCGCGGAGCACGGCCGAUUCGUGCUACCAUUCCCGACAGGGCUCGGCCUACAGGCCCAGCACCGGCCUGCCGACGGGCGACAUGAACCGCCUGGACUCGCUGGUACGGCGCAAGCUGGAGUCCCUGCUGGACGAGGUCAAGCCACACAAGGAUUGGAUCUCCCUGGCAGAUAGGCUGGGGCUCGGCAACAUGAUCAACCAGUUGAAGCAGUUUGAUAGUCCCACGAGCAUCCUGCUAGACCAAUAUGAGGCCAUGGAUGGAACCAUCGACGAGCUGACUUCAGUCCUGAAAAGCCUGAAUCGGGAGGAUGUGCUCAACGUGAUCGAAGAACUGAAAAUGCCCGCCAAGAGAGUCUCCAAUCUGGCCAUCAAGGAAGUUGACCACGGCACGCAAGUUGACUCUGGGCUGGCCUCCUCGCUCCACUCCAUGCACCUCGCGUCCUCAACAGCCUCCUCCGGCCCCGCCAAGGGGCACCUGAAGUCCAGCCAGCUCUCGGCCUUCAAGAAUGUGCGCGCCAUGGAAGGCCAAGUGUGAGCGCCGUCAGUGCAAGAUAUUUCAAGAAGGUCAAUUCUAGCCCCCCCCCCCCGAUCCGUCUCAGUCCAUCAGUUCAUUUGAAGGAUUUUGCAGGCUUGGGGAAAGUAUAGGGCCCAGCCCAUCUGACGUCACCCAGGGCACUCUAUCCUUUGAAAGCUCAGAAUUUUGAAGAAACGCUACCGUCCCCCAACGUGGUGGUAGAUUCCAGCGAAUCUAGGUAGGCCGCGAGCAAACAAAACGAGGGCUUUUCAGUGAGUUCAUAUAUUUUUUUGGAUUUGGCCUUUAAAAUGUUUGCAUAGUGAUUGAAGAAUCAAGCUAAGCUAGUGACAAGCAAGGGCUUAGCUUAAGCACCAAAACAGUUCUGUAAUUGACAGGUUGUAAGAAAUGUACAGAAUUUCAUGUGUGACAUGUUUGCUCUUUGAAAUAAACAGAGGCCGACUUGUUUCAUUGUAUCUUGCUUGGCGUUGCCGCAGUAACGGGGAGUAUGACCAAACCGUGCCAACUUGUGAUGGAUUGUUUGGUCCAGUGAAUUAAUAUUGGAAGCUUUUUGUCCCAAAAUUAGAAUUCUACGGGAAUUAUAGACAAAAGAAAUCAGUGGGCUCAGGAUAUUGUUUUGGAUCAUCGUCUUUGGCAGAAUGCCAAACAUUCUCUGAAAAAUGUGAAAGUAUUAAGGGCUGGAUAAGGACGAAUUCCGCUGUACAUGUAUAUAGAAACCAAUCAGAUUGCCCACACACAUUUCUAUGUGUCUGCUUUAUACAUAGGAGCAGGUCAUCACAAACUUACGUACGAUAGACAUUUUGUGUUGAAACUUAGAUAUGGCUGGUGUUUAAAGGUCAAAAUAAAUUGUAGUUGAAGUUGCAUAAUGUGCCUUUUUAUUGCCAGCAGAAUGUCUCUCCUGAGAAUACUUUUGACCUCACCUUCCUUUAGAUUUGAUUCUAAAUUUCCUUCUUUUGUGGUUUCGUUUGUUGCCUGUACCCACUGUUUAAAUGUUUCCUUUAGCUUUGUUCAACUAUUAAUUUCUUGUGUAGUGUAAAUUCACUCUGUAUCAAUUGGAUGCCUUGCUGUCAUGUACUUAUAGAAAUACUGAGGUCACUGGGUGAGUCGUAGGCCACUUCGGGUCAGAAAUUGCUUGGGUGGCAUUGUGUGAUGUGUUUUGGUGAAAUGGAUUAUAAUCUCUUCUGAAAUCUAAUGUUGAAUUUUAUUGGGGAAAUGGUGGAGCAUUUUGCCAUCUGAGAGUUGAUUUAUUUGAUUCUUUUGUACAUCCAUAGAUAACUUUGUAAAGUAACAUUACUACACUUAAUUCUAGUCAUCGUAAAGAAAUCCCAUUGCAUAGUGGUAUUAAACUUGAAUGAACUCCAAAGUUUUUUACCUUUGAGUAGAUGGGCUUGUGUCAUAGGUCACUUGUGAAGCGGAACUAUAUUUUUAAUACACAGAUGGGGGCCUUGAACCUUGACAUUGGCUACCUGCCAAUGCAAGCUUGUACAAGUUGACAGAGUGCGGAUAUUGUGUCCCUAGAGAUCAGAGGGCCAAAUCCUACUAUGGUCAUUGUUACAUUAUCCUAACUAAGAAGGAAACUUGAACUAAAAUAUAUGUAUAGCUCCUUUCAUGCUUUGUGAAACAUUUGUUGUUGGCAUAUUUUAAUGUUGGAUUGCUUUCUUUUGGUGAUCACAAAUUUAUUGAUCUUGUACUCAUGUACAGCACAUCGCAGUCGACAGCCACAUUACCUAGUUAUAACUGGAACUAAAUACAAAAGGAGUAGAACCUUCCGAGUUUGCUUGUCAUCGUAGUAUUUUUAACGGGCUCGUUACAUAGCAUGGCAACUCCACAGUAUGUACAGUUCACUGGAGCUUGAGCAAAGGCUUGAGCAAAGCUGUAAUGGCUCAUCUCCGAUGCCAUCUCCGAUCGUGGCUGCCGAGUUGUACAGUCUUAAUUAAAGGAGAAAUGGUCUGAUGAAAGUUUCAGUGAUUCACUGAAGUCGACAUCUUGGUCGUGUGUCAUUUUUAUGUUGUACACGGAAAAGUACUUCGGAAUUUUUCUCGUUGACCCUUCCGAGUCUUUCUAAAGUUGUUGAAGUCAAAUAUCUGAAGUUGGGCUAGCCCCUCUGAAUUUCUUCAUUAAACUUUAUUCAUAUUUUGAA